UGUACAUAUUAUAUCACAAGAAGAAAUUAAAUCACAUUUUGUGAAUACAAUUUUGGUAUCACAUUAGAUACAUUAAAAAAGAUGCUAGUACUUUUAGUUUCAUAUAAAAAAUGAUAAAUAUAUAUGGAUUUGUUUGAGUCUGAGAAAUUUUCGUAAGGGGUGUCAUUGUGUUGCACAUUCAUAGUGCCAAAGCCUAUCAAAAUGCCUGAUUUACCAGAGAUGAAUCACAAUACAUCAGAAGAACAGUUCGAGACGCAUAAUAAUGCUCGUAGUUAUCCAAAUUCAGGAAACAGUUCACCAACUCAUCACAAAAAGUCUAAUCAAGAAGAAAAAGAAGCAUACAAAAAUGAAUAUUCAGCAAGUGAAUCUACUAAACAUAUGGACCAAGUUUCAAAAACAGAUUCAAAUUCUGCAAAUAAAACUAGACCACAGAAACUAAGUCCACCAAACAAAAACAUUCCUGAUGCUUUCUUAAGACAAAGUCCAAGGAACAGCAGGAUGCCUUCAAAUUCUGAUGCUGCAACUCCAUUACCAUCAGGAGUUUCAAAGGGUAUGUCUACUAAUACAAAGACGAACAAUCAAGGUGCGCCAGGAAGUGGAGCUAGCUCUCGAAGCGACAGUUUAGAGAGCACAAGUUGUUCAUCGAACAUUAGGCCACAUACUGGUGGUGAUAUAAGGUGGGAUGCAAUUAACAUGGCUUCCAAAAAUAGUCCUCUAAAUCUUACCCAUUUUAGGCUUCUGAAGCGUAUCGGUUAUGGAGACAUUGGAAGUGUUUAUCUUGUUGAACUUAAAGGAACUGAUGCUCAUUUUGCUAUGAAAGUAAUGGACAAGGCUGCUCUUAUAAGUAGAAACAAACUUCUUAGAUCACAAACUGAAAGGGAGAUUCUUGGCCUUCUUGAUCAUCCCUUUUUGCCUACUUUGUAUUCUUACUUUGAGACUGAUAAGUUUUACUGUCUGGUUAUGGAGUAUUGUAGUGGCGGUGAUCUUCAUUCGCUUCGACAGAAACAACCAAAUAAGUGUUUCACCGAAGAAGCUGCAAGGUUCUAUGCUUCCGAGGUUUUGUUAGCUCUUGAAUACCUACACAUGCUUGGCAUUGUAUACCGAGACUUAAAGCCAGAAAAUCUUUUAGUUAGGGACGAAGGUCACAUCAUGCUCUCAGAUUUCGAUUUAUCGCUUCGCUGCUCUGUCUGUCCAACACUUGUCAAGUCGUCCUCCACCCACGGAGGAAACAGCAGUGGCAAUAGUGAUUCCGGAGGUAUAUUGAAUGAUGACCAAGCAGUGAUUGCUCAGUCAUCAACAAGCUUCUUCCCUCGCAUUUUACCUUCGAAGAAAAAUCGAAAAGCAAAAUCAGACUUCGGCCUAUUGGUUAACGGAAACCGCCUUCCUGAACUAAUGGCAGAACCAACCAAUGUAAGAUCAAUGUCAUUUGUAGGCACACACGAGUAUCUCGCACCUGAAAUCAUCAAAGGAGAAGGACACGGUAGUGCGGUAGAUUGGUGGACUUUCGGAAUAUUCUUGUAUGAACUGUUGCACGGUGCAACGCCUUUUAAAGGCGCAGGAUACAAAGCGACACUUUUCAAUGUUGUUGGACAGCCAUUAAGGUUUCCAGAUAGUCCUCAAAUUAGUCCUGUGGCUAAAGAUCUUAUUAGAGGAUUGUUGAUUAAGGAACCUCAGAAGAGAAUUGCAUAUAAAAGAGGAGCAACAGAAAUAAAACAGCAUCCAUUUUUUGAAGGAGUGAAUUGGGCUCUAGUUAGAAGUGCAACACCACCACAUAUACCAGAUGCUAUAGACUUUUCAAAGUAUGCUAAAAAAGAAACAGCACCACCACCAGUUGAUAAGAAGUUGCCAGAUGUUACCAAUGAUAAAAAAGGCAAAACUUCAACUGAUAAUUCGUAUGUAGAUUUUGAGUAUUUUUAGUAGAAAUAUAUAUAUAUAUGGAUAUAAAUAUAUAUGUAUACUUGUUUUAGCAAAAGUGUAACUUCCUCUUUUCCAUGAGAAAAACUUGAAGGCAUAUCAAAGAACAUAUCAUUGUAUUAUAAACGCAUACAUGUAAAUUCAUUAAUAUUUUUUUCCUUCUGAAUA